UCUUAAAAGUCUCCUAAAGGGUAAAGUACUCUUGCUGUUGAAUGUGCUGCUAGAAUCCACUGGCAGACAGCUGAGUUGACUUUAAAUUGUCCAGACCAUUUCAUUUUAAACUGAGUUUCUCAAGAGGAAUAUCUGCAUGCCAUGGAGGAAGCCCUCAACAGCACGAUUGAUCCGGCUUGUUUACAAGAGCCCCCGCUGGCUAUCGACGUGAUAAAGCAGCUAGAUGUGUUUGAAUUUUGGCUGUACUCCAUGUUCACCUUCAUGUCCUGCAUGUCCCUGCUGCUAUACCUGGAACAGUGUGUCUACAUUUAUAAAAAACUGCCCUACCCCAAGAAGACCACCAUCAUGUGGAUAAAUGGAGCAGCACCAGUCAUUGCAACCAUGGCUUGUUUUGGGAUGUGGAUCCCGAGGGCAGUCAUGCUCACAGACAUGACAUCUAAUUGUUAUUUUGCAGUCGUGGUGUAUAAGGUCUUGGUUCUGAUGAUCGAGGAGUUUGGGGGCAGCAGUGUUUUUCUGGAGCGGUUUUCUGGUAAAACCUUUAGGAUCAACACAGGACCCUGCUGCUGCUGCUGCCCAUGUUUACCCCGCGUGCCCAUGUCACGGCGACUGUUGUUCUGGCUGAAGUUGGGUGCGCUUCAGUAUGCAAUCCUAAAGACGGUGCUCUCUAUCCUCGCCAUAAUACUGUGGACAAACGGCAACUUUGAUCUCUCUGACCUAGAGAUCACUGGUACGGCCAUUUGGAUUAACCCAUUCAUUGGCAUUCUCACUAUCACCUCCCUUUGGCCGGUUGCCAUCGUCUUCAUGAACACUAACAUAUUUCUACGCAGCCUCAAAAUUGUGCCCAAGUACGCCAUGUACCAACUAGUACUUGUAUUGAGUCAGCUGCAGACAUCAAUCAUUAACAUCCUGGCCUUGGAUGGAACCAUCGCCUGUGCCCCUCCCUUCUCCUCUCAAGCUCGUGGAUCCAUGCUGAGUCAGCAGAUGAUGAUCAUGGAGAUGUUCAUCAUCACUCUGGUCAAUCGGUUUUUGUACCGUCGUAUAUAUGACUCACUUCCCUCUGAGGCACAUGACAACGACCACAACGACAAGGCCCUGCAGGCUGCUCUCGUGGAGCAUGAUGUUUAAAAACGGAGACAGUGGAAGAGUGGAAGUCAGCACAGCUCUUCAGUGACGUAUCAGAUUAUCAAAGGGAUCGCCUACUGGUCAAACUUGAGUCUGAUAAACUGUUUCAUUCCGUCACUCUAAUGUAAGGGGAGAGAACUAUCUAUCUAUCUAUCUAUCUGUCUGUCUGUCUGUCAGUCUGUCUGUCAGAUAGUAGAUAGAAUAGAAUCGGAAGACUUUAACAUUGUCCAAUGUGUGCCUAUUCCAUUUCUUGCUGAGAGUUAGAUAAGAAUAUUUACUUUAGAUACAGUCUAUGGUCUGCACUGUGAAUAUGAAGCUACCGCCAGUUAGUCUGUCUAUGUCCAAAGAUUUUUUAAAAUCCCCCUAACGCUCACCAAUUAACAUGGUGUAUGUUGUUUGUUUCAUCUGCACAAAAAGUGUUAAAAAGACACAUUGUGAUUUUAGUAGGGGAGACAGAGACAAAGAACAAUAUCGAUAUUCUCAUGUAAGUCUCAGCAAGAAAGUGAAUAUGUAUUUCCCAUAAUGACAAACUAUUCCUUUAAGCUUUACCAGUUUCAAAAAAGAUGAAUAAUUAUUAGAGACAUUAGGAUUAUAAUCCUUUCUUUCAGCCUGUAACUAUGAUCUGGUAGAAAGGAACAGAGCCUUCCUACAAAUGUACAGAAUGUACAGAGAAGUGUGUCAGUGUACUGUAUAGAUAAUUGUCAUUCUGGGACAAACAUAGAGAGGAUGAAAGGGUGAAAAGUGGCAAAGUGGUUGAACUGGGAGUGUGCAGGUUUAUGAAUAUUUGUGUGUGGAAGAACAACGUUUUUACAUUUUCCUAGAGAUCUGUAAACAAAGUCACGUAUUUAUUUGUGUUAAUGUGUGGGUGUGUUUGUGUCUGUAAAUGUAUCGUAAUCAGAAGAAUCAGAAUCAGCUUUAUUGCCAAGUAGGUUUACACAUACAAGGAAUUUGCUUUGGUGCAUUACAAUAAACAUAAAAUGUAUAAAUGUAAAAAUAUUAAAUUGACAAGGUAUCAACAUUUGUAGGAAAAUACUAAUAAAGAAUACGUGCAACAAUA